AUGGCGCACUUUUUGACACGGGUGGUAGCACUGUGUGCAUCUUCCUUGCGAAUCCUUCUCCUACUGUCCUUUGUCUUUAUCCGUAUCUGCCAAUAUGCCUGUUCGCGAGUGUUACGGACAAACCGCCGGAAGAGCGUGAGCGGAGAGACGGUGCUGAUCACCGGGGCCAGCCGAGGGAUCGGCCGGUGCCUUGCCUUGGAGUUUGCUAAACACGGAGUCAGCACGAUUGUUCUGUGGGGUCGGGACGAAGAAAAAUUGUCGUCAGUCAAAAUGGAAGUCGAAGAAACGGGGAAGGCUCGGUGUCAUUCCUACAGGUGCGACGUUGGAGAUCGCGAACAGGUGUACAGAACUAUUCAAAAGGUGCAAGAAGACGUUGGAAGAAUAACGAUUCUGGUCAACAACGCAGGGGUAGUGCACGGCGGAGCACUGCUAGCAACGGACGACGACAAAAUUGAGGACACGCUUCGAGUCAACACCUUGUCUCAUUUCUGGACAACCAAAUCUGUUCUUCCAUCCAUGCUGGCUAACGGUCGCGGGCACGUGGUCGGCAUAGCCUCGACAUUAGGGCUGUUCGCGCUGCCUGGGGUUCCAGACUACGUCACCUCCAAGUUCUCCGUGGUAGGGUUCUAUGAGUCCCUGGCGGCGGAACUGAGAGCACAGGACCGCUGGGAUGUCGGGGUGACGUGCGUGUGCCCCGGUCACACCACUACUGACAUGUUCAAGGACCUCACUACACGACCGUUGUCACUGACGCCCCAGCAAGUAGCUGAGCAGACGGUAGAGGCCGUAAAAAACAACCAGCCCAGGGUUAUUCUUCCCCGUGUCAUGCAUCUAACCUGGGUACUCAACAGCUGGCUGCCGAGCUCUUGGAUGAGAACCGUGCUGUACGUCACCGGAGCGAUGGAAGACAUGGAGAACUUUUGUGCCAAACGAUGACGUAAUGGAGAACUUUUGUACAAAACGAUGACGUAAUGGCCCACAGUUACCUGACACUGCUCGUGGUAUAACAGAGAUGCAACAAACCGCGAUGUAGAAAUGGCGGGCCGUAAACCAUAGCUCAGAGGGCGUUAGCUGUCGUUACAAGUCACAAGAC